CUCUCCCAUUCGCUUCUUGUGUGAGAGUAACCAUUUCUUCCUUCUUGCUCAUCUUACAGCGGCUUUCUCGUUUUAAUCUUGGAAUUUUUGAGGGAUAGAUAAAAAAAAAAGAACCGGAGAAGGAGAAGAAACUGGUAGACAAGAUGGCAGCAACGGCAGCUGCAGCAGCAAUGGCGGUGGGGAUGAGUAGCAGUAAUACUAGCAGUGGGAGUGGUGGGAGAGGAGGGGAGGUGGUGGAUCGGAUAAAGGGACCUUGGAGCCCCGAGGAGGAUGAGGCCCUGCAGAGGUUGGUCGAGAAGCACGGCCCCAGGAACUGGUCCUUGAUCAGCAGGUCCAUACCCGGACGCUCCGGCAAGUCGUGCCGACUCCGGUGGUGCAACCAGCUGUCGCCGCAGGUGGAGCACCGCGCCUUCUCGCCGGAGGAGGACGCCACCAUCGUCGCCGCACACGCGCAGUUCGGCAACAAGUGGGCCACCAUCGCCCGCCUCCUCUCCGGCAGGACCGACAACGCCAUCAAAAACCACUGGAACUCCACCCUCAAGCGCAAAUGCGCCACCUCCGAUGCCCUGGUUUCCGCCGGCGCGCCCCCGGCCAAGCGCUGCCACAGCUCGAGCGGCGGCGCAGCUGGCUCCGCCGCGCCAGCUGGCGGUAUUCUCUGCCUCAGCCCCGGCAGUCCGUCUAUCUCCGACGUGAGCGACUCGAGUUUGUCCCUGUCCACCCCGCCGCCCCCGCCGCCGCCGCCGCCGUCGAACGUCUUCCGGCCGGUGGCGAGGCCGGCUGUACCGCCACCGCCGUCUGCGGUUAAUCUGGAGACGGAGAGCUCCACGAACGAUCCGCCCACCUCGCUCAGCCUCUCCCUCCCCGGCGCCCAGGCCGAUUCGUCCGAUUCCGGCUCCGCGAGAUCGCCGGUUAGGAAUACAAAUCCGCCGGCGGUCUGGCCGUGCAGCAGCGGUGGCGAUCUCGGCGCCUUCGCGGAGAAGGCGGUGGUGUUCGGGCCGGAGUUCCUGUCACUGAUGCAGGAUAUGGUCGCGAAGGAGGUGCAGAAGUACAUGUCGGUGAUUCAGAUGAACGGCGGCGGUUUCGAUCCGGCGGGUUUCGGGAUGAGGAGCGCGGCCGUUAAGAGGAUCGGCGUCAGCAGGCUGGACUGAACACACGAAGAUUCCAACUUUUCUUUGACUUGGUCCGUGAGAGAUUCGCUGUACAGAGAAAUGGCGGAAGAGGAAGAAGAAGAGAGAUGGAAUGAAAAAUCGGUGUUUGGUUAAGUGCCAUUCGAGGAAGUUUCUUUUUUGUUCUGCCAUCAUCGUCGCCUUCGCCAUGAUCACUAGCACUCUAGUGAUGCUUUAAAUUUCCUUUUCUUUUCUUUUUGCUCAUAAUCUUUCUGAUAAGAGGAGAAAACGGAGACCUUCGUUGCUGUAUAAAAACUGGAGAAAAGGGGAUGAAAUUUUCCAUGCAAGAACACCCAAAUGUGAAAAAAAAAAACCGAGAGAAAAAAUUUGAUAUAUAUGAUGCAUUGAGCAUUUGCCCAUGAAAUUUUCUUCAAAAUAAAGAGGACUACUGGACUGGUUUCACUGA